GUACGCGGUUAUCAUGUUUUUUGCCUACUAUAAAAAUUAAAUUUUUCCAUGUAGCCUUAAUUUUCGUUAAAUACCAUUAAAUUGUUCGAGUAAUUUUGUAUAUUUAAGUUAUAUAGUUAUAUUUAUGCUUCAGUUAUAGCAUAAAACUUAAACUAUAAUUAAUAAAAAGCUUUACAAAUUCACAUAAUGGAAAAUGACCAGUUACCCUAUAGAGCAGAAUAUGCUAAAAGUAAUAGGUCUAAGUGUAAAGGUUGUAAAAUUGGUAUUGAAAAGGAACAUUUGAGACUCGCUGUUAUGGUUCAAUCUCCUGUAUUUGAUGGAAAACAACCUAACUGGUAUCAUUUUAAUUGUUUUUUUGCAAAACAACGUCCUAAGACCAUUGAUGAUAUUGCUCACAUUGAGUCAAUCAAAUGGGAUGAUCAACAAAAAAUUAAGACAAAAAUAGAAUCAUUAGUUGGCACUGCUCAACCAGAAACAAAAAAAAAAAAGUCUUCGAAGAAAAAAACAAAUCAAGAUUUCAAUGUAGAAUAUGCUGUAUCAGGAAGAGCUGUAUGCUGUGGAUGUCAAGAUAAAAUUAUUAAAAAUGAUAUAAGAGUUGGUAAAAUGGAUUAUGAUAGUGAAGAAGCUCGCCGAUUUGGUGGUAUUAAUAGAUGGCAUCAUUUAGAAUGUUUUGUAAAAUUAAGAAAUGAGUUGGAAUUUAUGGGUUUUGGUAGUUCAUUAUCUGGUUAUGCGACAUUAAAUGCUGAAGACAGAAAUCAGAUUAAAAAUCUAUUACCAUGUUUAACCAAUCAAAACUCUAAAUCCAAUAAUGUAGAUCAAGUUGAUGGACCAGGUCCUAGUAAAAAAAUGAAAAUGGAUAAUGAAAAAACUGAGAUAAUAAAAAAACAGAACAAUUUGAUAUUUAAAUACAGAGAUUAUUUGAAAACAAUUAACAGGAAGAUUUUAAAAGAACUUUUAGAAUUCAAUAAUCAAGAAAUUCCCGAUUCAAAUAUUGCAGCAAUAUAUGAUAGAUUGUCAGAUGCAAUGGCUUUUGGAGUAUUACUAUCUUGUGAUGAAUGUAAAGGUCAACUUGUUUUUAAAACUGGUGUUGGUUAUCAAUGUUUAGGGUAUAAAAAUGAAUGGUUAAAAUGUGAAAAAAUUUUCCUUGAUCCACCUCGCACUAUAUUUCAAAUUCCACCACAUAUUCUUGAAAAUGAUGAAUUUUUAAAUAAUUAUAAAUGUAAAAUUCAAAAAAGGAUAUUUAUAGAAAAUCAAAAAUCAUCAGUUUCAGUACCUACACCAAAUGAAAAAGGCUUGGUUAAAGUUACUCGUAUUUUACCAUUAAGAAAUAUGGAGUUUACAAGUAUCCAUAAAGGCGCAGAGUUGAAAACUUUAAAGCUUAAAGUGCCCAAAUAUGGUGGUACAUUGAUAUCUCAGUGUACUGAUACGAUAGCUGCAGUUUUUGCCAAUACAGAAAGUAUUGGUAAAAAAAGUGUUAAAAUAAAAGAAGCUCAAGAAAAAGACAUACAAGUAAUUGAUCCAAAUGAAUUUUUUGAUGCUAUUGAAAAAGGUGGUGAUGCAAUAGAUUUAAUAAAAAAACAAAACUUAGCUCCUUGGGGUGGAGAUAUAAAAAAAAGAGUCGAAAAAAGACUAAAAGAAUUAGAAGCUGCUUAUGGAAAAAGUGGCCAAAAAAGUAAAUCAAUAAGCAAAAGCAUGUAUGAAAAAAGUGUUCCUACCAGUGUCAAAUUAACAUUAAAAGAUGGUAUAGCUGUAGAACCGCAGUCAGAACUACAACAUAAAGCUCAUGUAUACAAACAUAAUAAUGAAGUUUGGAAUGCAAAUUUAUGUUUAUCUGAUGUACAAACUGGUAAAAAUUCUUAUUAUAAGUUGCAAUUACUACAAUCAGACAACAAAAAUAGGUUUUGGUUGUUUCGUUCUUGGGGUAGAAUUGGUACAACUAUUGGAGGCUUUAAAACUACAGAAUUUGAUUUAUUAGAAGAUGCAAAAAAAGAAUUUGAAUUUUAUUAUGAAGACCAGACUGGUAAUAUUUGGAAAAAUAAAAAUAAUUUUGUCAAAAAACCUGGUAAAAAAAUACCUGUUGAUACUAAUUAUGGCCAAGAUGAAACAAAAUCUUUAGAUGUUGUUAGUGAAUUACAAAGCAAACUUCCUGAACCUGUUCAAAAGCUGAUUCGUUUAUUAUUUGAUGUAGAAUCAAUGAAAAAAGCUAUGUAUGAAUUUGAGCUUGAUUUACAAAAAAUGCCUCUUGGAAAAUUAAGUAAAAAACAAUUGCAACUUGCUUACUCUACAUUGACAGAGUUAAAUGAUAUAAUGAAUUCUAUUGAAGAAUCAAAUAUAAAAGGAAAAAUCAUUGAAACAACUAAUCGAUUUUACACUUUAAUACCUCAUGAUUUCGGUAUUAAAAAUCCUCCAUUAAUUGAUUCUAAAGAAAUCAUAAAUGCUAAGUUAGAAAUGAUAAAUAGUUUAAUGGAAAUUCAAAUUGCAUAUAAUAUGAUGGAUGACAAUAGUCAUGAUAAUACUACAGUUCAUCCUCUUGACACACAUUAUAUAAAACUUAAUUGUGCUAUAGAAGUAUUAAAUUCUAAAAUGAAUGAGUUUGCUAUGAUUGAAAAGUAUAUAAUAAAUACUCACGCUGAUACACAUUCCUCAUACUCUUUAGAAAUUAAAGAUGUUUUUAAAGUGAUUAGAACAGGCGAAGAAAAACGUUACAAACCAUUUAAGAAAUUGCAUAAUCGAAAAAUAUUGUGGCAUGGAUCUCGAAUAACAAAUUUUGCAGCUAUACUGUCUCAAGGCUUACGAAUUGCACCAAAAGAAGCUCCUGUAACUGGUUAUAUGUUUGGUAAAGGUAUAUAUUUUGCUGAUAUGGUAUCAAAAUCUGCUAAUUAUUGUAUGGCAACUCACGGAAACAAUAGUGGUUUACUGUUACUAUGUGAGGUAGCUCUUGGUAAUAUGGUUGAACAUAAAAAAAGUCAUUAUAUUGAAAAAUUGCCACCUGGAAAACAUAGUUGUAAAGGAAUUGGUAGAACUAUGCCAAAUCCUUCCGAAUCAUUAUUUAUUGAUGAUAAAGUUGAAGUUCCAUUAGGAAAACCAAUUCCUUCUGAUGUUGAUGACACAGUACUUCUUUAUAAUGAAUUCAUUGUGUAUGAUAUAUCUCAAGUUAAAAUUCAAUACUUGAUCAAAGUAGACUUUAAAUUUAACUAUUAGUUUAAAGUGAUAAUAUUUUUUUUUGUUAUUUUAUAAUAACAACUAAUUUUAAAUACUUAAAAUAUGGAGUAAUACUUUUUUUCAUCACCUAAUGUUUUUUUUUUAAUAGUAAUCUUAUGAGUUAUUAUUUGUUAGUUUUGAUAUAAUAAACAUAUUUUCCUACAAAUA